ACAUCUCAUUUAGAUCUAUGUGAAAGGCCGAAAAAUUCUGGGCUGCUGUUUGCUCAGGACUUGCAUUUAUUGUCUUGCAACUGAGAGAUCGGGGCAAUAUAACAGACAGCAGUGCGCGACAGUGAAUAAUAGGGUGUGUGUGUGUGUGUUGCAGGUGAGACGGGUGGCCUUGUACCCAUUUCUGGGAGAGAUCUGAAAUCAAACUGAGAAACGACUAUCCCUGAUCUCGGCUACAACCAAGGCUGACAUUGCUGACUCAAGUGCCUCGGUUUGUCUGAAGAUUGAAAUGCUUCCACGCAGACAAUAAUCUUGUGUCUCAAAAGAGAAAGAUGUCGACAGUCUCCAUCGUCCCAGGGGCAUCAAGGCAAAAACUUCCGUUCGUCCACUCAAAGUUCAAAGCGAGGUCCAAGUUCGCUAAAUCAUUUGGCGGCUGUAGCAGAUUCGUCAAGUCUAGAGCUGCUGGCAAUGGGGAGUCUGCAAGUGACGUGAAACUGCCCCGCAUCACCUACAACGCCAGUGACAGUCGAACUGUCCUCGCCUUCGGCUCCAAUCGACGAGGUGGCAGAAAAGAAUAUCCAGGCUUUGCGGGAUUUCAUCGCAAAAACACGAAAGUCCAACCCUCAAACAACAACGUCACGUCUCCGGGUCGGAAUAGCGAUGACUUCACCGGCCAUGACAAGUUUUCAGACAGAUCAUUGUCUAGAGGAGACCUCGUGAUUGACAGCAGCCGCUCCAGUGUGUCAUCCAAAGACGGCACUCACAGUAGCAACGUCAACAGCGACGACCACCUGCCGCCUCUCAACUCCUUGUUUAUCAUUGACGAGGUAAGCUUCGAAGGGAGCGCCAGUAAUCCUGGCCUUGCCAGAAAAGAUCUUGAUUCAGACGACGCUCGCCGACAAAAAGAAGCUCUGAAGAGACAAGAAGAUUCGGUUUUCCAAAAUGAUCCUUUCGCCCGAGAGUUUGGGGAUAAACUGAAAGACUCACGAGGAAAGUCUGGGGUGAAGAGAACGAAUAAGAUCAAGGGGCAAAACCGGCGUACCUUGGGUGACAUUAUGACAACCAAACGAUUGCAGGAACUCUUGUCUCCUCGACAGACGGGAGUUCCUCUCAAGUUUGGAUAGCCUGAACAAAGGGAGUGAAUUCAGGACAUUUCUUUGAAGUAUUGCUUUUUGUGACAGAAUUGCUUAUGGUUGAAUAGAGAAACUUCUACUGGGAUUAUGAUACUAUGCAUGUGAUGAUUGAGAAAUAAACGUAUGGAGAAAAG